UAUCUUUUAUUCUUUCGCAGUUGCUUUACUUGUAGUAUUAUCUACGUGCGUGAUUUCGUUCAUUUUCUUUUAAAGAAAAUCAAUUUAAGAUAGAAAAAGGCAGAAGUAGAAAAAAAGAGAAGAAAAAGGAAAACGAACAAAUCGAAAUGAAUCGAGUAAAGAAAUUGCUAUCGAGUAAAGAGACUCGAGAUUAUUUGAUGAGCACACAUUUUUGGGGACCUGUAGCUAAUUGGGGCAUUCCAAUCGCUGCAAUCGCCGAUAUACAAAGAGAUCCGAAAUAUAUCAGUGGAAAAAUGACACUUGCUUUAUGUUUAUAUUCAGCAAUGUUCAUGCGUUUUGCACUCAGGGUUGAACCACGCAACUUACUUCUCUUUGCCUGCCAUUUUGUUAAUGAAGGUGCACAAAUUACUCAAGGGAGCAGAUUCUUGAAAUACCAUUAUGUAAAUAAAAACGAGUAA